GUGACAAAAAGUCUGUGUCUGUGGAGGACUUUAUUGAAGACAGGAACAGGAGACUUUAAUUACAUCAUAGAAACACAAAGGAUACAUUAGCUAAACAAACAUAUCUACGCAAUAUUUCUAGGUUUUCAAGUUUUUAGCACUCUUCAAACACUUCCUGUUUUCUUUUUUUUUUUUUUUGGUACCAGGAAUUAAACUCAGGACCUUGCACUUGCCAGGCAGGCAUCUGUGGUGCUGAGCAAUGUCCCCGGCCCUCCUGUUUUCUAUAGACAGUCCUCCCUUAAGGACCAGUUAAUGGUAGGGUACUCUGACCAGGCCCAUAAAAGAACUGGUCACUAAACAAGGAACUGUACACGGUCCAUCCGUUACAAUACUCAGAAGAAACGGUCAAAGGAAACUCAAUCUGAUGACUUUGCUUUUGUUUCCAUCACUCUUACGUGCAGUAUUGUUAAUAUAUAAUAGAACUUAAAGCUACAGUACUGUGCAGCACAAUCAGCAAAAAUUACGGUACUGUCAUACUGAGGCUCCACAAGCAAGGUGGACAGAACUGCACCAAAAAGGGUGGGAGCUAAGUCCAAGCGGCGGGGCCUGGGCCUGAGCCGUCGAGACUCGGGUGUGUCGGUAAGGGGGACAGCUGUACUCGCCUCUCAAGCAGAGUGUAAGAGAGUGUGUGCGAGAGUGUGCGUGCGUGCGUGCGUGUGUGUGUGUGUAUGAGAGAGAGAGAGAGACAGAGAGACAGAGAGAGACAGAGACAGAGGCGCCAGUGCGCACGCGCGCUAAGGUGCCGUCGAGCCGCAUGCCCCGCUCUGUCACUGUCGUGACUGCCGCCGCCAAGACGGGACGCUGAGGGGUCCGGGUGGCCGUCGCGGCUCCUCGGCGGAGGCGGGCGGCUUCCACACCGGGCCGCGGCUCCCCAGGGGCGACCCGGCUGGCCGGGUCCUGUGGGAGGCGACGGAGCGCUGCGCCAACCCGAGCAGCACCUCGAUGCCCCGCCGCCGGGCGCCCACGGGCGCUGUGCGGUGCUGCAGACCCGGACGUGUUGGUGGAGCUCUGUGAAAGCGUGUGGACAUUGAUUUUCGUUUUUCAGUUGGGACCCUCAGUGACCCGUGUACCUCCCCCAGGUAAUUUGCAAUCUGAAGACUACACACGACCCCCUUGGUGCCCUGCGCUGGUCACUGAACACCGUUCGUCAUCCAUUGGGCACUUUCCUGCUUUGUGGGGCAUGAGCCACAGAGGUCUGCAAGAGGCCUGCACGGUCACGUUGGACGUCGGAGGGAAAAUACCGACAAUAGAAAAUGUUUAAGGAGCACUUUCAGGGUGUCGGACGCAUGGUCACAUUUCAUCCUCAUGACUUUGGACAAAGUCAUCCGGCUUUAAAGUGUGGAGUUGAAAUUAAACCCACCUUACCUGGUUGGCCAUGAUGAGUAAACUGGAAUUAAAGGAAGACAAGAUGCUGGAGGUUCAAUUUGUGGGAGAUGAUGAUGUUCUUAAUCAUAUUCUUGAUAGAGAAGGAGGCACUAAAUUAAAGAAGGAGCGAGCUCAGCUUUUGGUCAAUCCACAAAAAAUAUUAAAGAAGCAGGAAUAUAAUGUGGAGGAAGGUGACCAGGAAGUGUUAAAGGAUCAGAACUACGUGAAAGUUUUGGGACAAAACGUUCAAGAACCUUUGAAAAAUGGCUCUGCUACAGAUGGUGGGAAUAAAGUUUAUUCUUUUCAGAAUAGAAAGCACCCUGAAAAGAUGGCUAAACUAGCUUCUGAACUAGCAAAAACACCGAGAAAAAGUGUUUCAUUCAGUUUAAAAAAUGAUCCUGAAAUUAUAAGCAUUCCUCAGAGUAGCAAGGGGCAUUCUGCUUCAGACAGAGUUCAGCCAGAGAACAAUGACAAAAAUGAACUGCAGUCUACACCACCUCGUAGUCUGAGGAAAAGAUUAAUAGUUCCCAGGUCACAUUCUGACAGUGAAAGCGAAUAUUCGGCUUCCAACUCGGAGGAGGAUGAAGGGGGCGCGCAGGAAUCUGAGGAGGACACGGAUGCAUCUGUACUCAGCCAGAAGAUUCGGGCUCAGAGUAGGGUUUCAGCGCCUGUCUGCAAAGGAACACCUUCAAAGAAAAUGAAGAGAGAUAAAAGUAGCAACUUAGUGGAAGAAUAUUUUGAAGCUCACAGCAGUUCCCAAGUCUUGACUUCGGACAGAACCCUGCAGAAGCUGAAGAGAGCGGCCCUGGAUCAGCAAACUCUGCGUAACUUACUGAGCAAAGUUUCUCCUUCCUUUUCUGCUGAACUUACACAAUUAAAUCAACAACAUGAAAAAUUAUUUCAUAAAUGGAUGCUGCAGUUACACCUUGGUUUCAACAUUGUGCUUUAUGGUUUGGGUUCUAAGAGAGAUUUACUAGAAAGGUUCCGGACCACCGUGCUGCAGGACUCCGUCCAUGUUGUCAUCAAUGGCUUCUUUCCUGGGAUCAGUGUGAAGUCAAUCCUGAAUUCUAUUACAGAAGAAGUCCUUGAUCAUAGGGGCACUUUCCGAAGUCCUCUGGAUCAGCUAGACUGGAUCGUAAGCAGAUUUAAAGAAGAUUCUUCUUUAGAACUCUUCCUUGUUAUCCACAACUUGGACAGCCAAAUGUUGAGAGGAGACAAGAGCCAGCAGAUGAUUGGACAGCUGUCAUCUUUGCGAAACAUAUACCUGAUAGCAUCUAUUGAUCACCUCAAUGCUCCUCUUAUGUGGGAUCAUGCCAAGCAGAGCCUUUAUAACUGGCUGUGGUAUGAGACUACCACAUACAGCCCCUACACUGAGGAGACAUCCUACGAGAGCUCCCUGCUGGUCAAGCAGUCCGGCUCGCUCCCCCUGGGUGCCCUGACGCACGUCUUGCGAAGCCUGACCCCCAAUGCAAGGGGAAUUUUCAGGCUGCUAAUGAAGUAUCAGCUGGAUAAGCAGGAGGACCCUUCCUACACUGGGCUGUCCUUCCAAGACUUCUACCAGCAGUGUCGGGAGGCCUUCCUUGUCAACAGUGACCUGACGCUUCGGGCCCAGCUGACUGAGUUCAGGGACCACAGGCUCAUAAGAACGAAGAAGGGAGCUGACGGCGUGGAGUACUUACUAAUUCCCGUUGACAGUGCGACACUGAUCAACUUCUUGGAGGAGGAGGAGGAGGCUUGAAGCUGCCUCUGUUGGAGGGGUCUGUGGGCGUGGCACGGCCCAGCGUGGCCUUCACAGCAGCCAGCGCGCCACUCCUCCCUUCCCGGUGUGCGGAGCCGCGGGGCACCACGUGUACAACAGCCGGCAGCGGCCACAGCCAGUGCUCCGAAGUACCCCCGGCCGAGCGAAUGUGCCUUUGUUCAUCAUUACCUCUGGAGACUUCCUGCUGGAUGGAGGAUGCUCAGGGACUGCUGGAACUGGAUGUUUCUGAAUGCUUUUCUACCUAGAGAUACUAAUUUUUUGAGGAGGGCCUUUAAUACUCCCCCAGCUGGCUGUUUGCAGAGUGCUUGUCCCAGAGUGUCCCACGCACGUUAUAUGUUGAAGCCAGUGUGUCGGGAGGGCAGCUCAGGAAAGGUGCAUGGGGGGGACCGAACUCUGUCCCUUUGGACACAGGUGGUGGGGGCGGCAGGGCAAGGGAACCCAGCCUGGGAUGCGUUAAGUCACAGCCACGGGCUGGGAUAUAGGCCAGUGGUAUAAGUGCCUGCCUGGCAAGCGCAAGGUCCUGAGUUCAGUUCCCCACACCACCAAACAAAACAAAACACAGCCACACUGUGACCCUGACCUCAGGGACAGACUGGGAAGCCAGGCUGAGGGGUAAGAAUUACUGGUUAGUGACUGUUUUCAGAACAGAAAAUAAAACACUUUAUUUUAUUCUCUUAUACUGACGUUUUUAUUUUCUUGAUUACUAGGCAGGUGAACAGUAUAUUAGUAACAGUGGCUGAUGUCCAGCAGACAUAAAACACAUGCAGGAUCUUUCCACCUCUUGGAAAGUGCCAGUGUCAGCCUCUGAGUAUUCACACAGCCUGUGUGCUUAGGGAAAAAACAGCUAAGCUCGGCCACCACUGAGAGCGUCUGGUCUUCACACCCAACCCCGAAACACUUCACACGUGGAAAUGAAAUACUUUGUGAAAACAGAACUAAUAAAAUCUGUGCAGCAUCAGCUUUCUCACUCAUUUCUCAUCUUGUUAAUUUUUUGUGAUGUAUGAUUGACUUUGUGUUAAACCCAUUAUAGUCUUAAAUAUAGCUACUCAAAAUACAUGACUUGUACGUGAAUUGACUUCGUAAGUUUUCUUGCCAGUACCAGUGUAUUUAAUGAGAAUGAAUUUGCUUUCCACUCCCUGAGCACAGGGCUUAGCCAGCCACACGCAGCAUCUUCCCUGCUCUUCUGUGCAUGUCUAGGCCAGUGGUGGCGAACCUGUGGCACGAGGGGGCAGCCAGAUGUCUGUUAUUACCGAAAGGUUCGCCACCACUGGACACUGCAUAUGAAAGGUGUCUCCUCCUCCAUUUAGAAAUAGUGGUACCAUGCUUGCUGGUUUGUACUUUGCUUUCUUGCUUUUGUCUUAUUUGUAACUGUUAUACUAUAAAAAUAUAUAAAACUUUUAAUGACCUAACAUGCAAAUUUUUGCAUUUGCUCUUAAAUAUAUGGUUUAUUUUUAUAUUUUUGUGUCUGUAUACCAUUUGAGAACAGUAAGUAUAUGUAACAGAGUGCUAUUAACAAAUAAAAGCCAACUUGAAUAGAA